GACCGACCAACUUCCUUCCCAAUGUCAUCAUAGCUGGUCGAUCUACGAAGAACAAAGAUUCCCCGAGAUCACCAAGUUCAGUGUUCUGUAGCAUGCUCAAACCAAGAUUGUUGUGGAAUCAUGAACUCCGAUUCCUCUUCCUCGGCAUUUACAGCGACAUCUCAGUCGCAGAUCCAAGCAUCUCGAAAGUGCUCCAGAAAGACAUAAAAGGGCACCUCAAUCCUUAGGUUGAUUCUUUAUCAAAACACAGAAGCACCAGCUCAAUCACUACUUCGAUUCGUCGUCCCAGAUACAUCUUGCAACUCCAGCACCGCCCAAGUCACAUCCGUCACAAUGCGCUUCCUGUCCUGCGUCUCUGCUGCCCUGGUGGCCAUCUUCGCGUCUACCACCUAUGCGGUCCCCAUCAACGGUGGUGUUAACUGCACUCAACUCGAACAGCAGAUCGCCACUCUACAGCAGGGGGUGAGCACGGCCAACGGUACAAGCCCGGAAGGAGUCCAGGCUGCUCAGCAGCUUCUGUACGGUGCGAGGCUCGUGCAGGCCACUGAGUGCACCAACUCUGCGCCGGUCAAGCGAUUCUUCCCUUCUCCUACUGGUCCGGUGAGUGGAACAACCUCACUACCUCCCAUCCCCGGAUUUAACGGCACGGUUCCACUUCAUUAAUUGAUGUCGGUAAGUUGAAGCAUCCAGCCCUAAAAGCCUCC